CUCUUGCUCACCCGAGCCUCACAAAGAUAAUCGCUCAGGAAGUGUUUCAGCCAAUCCGUGGCGGCUUUACACUCCGAUUUGCUGGGGCAGCCAAUCGGGGAUGAGCUUUUAUUAGGCGGCCAGAUCAUCAGCCGAAGUGCCAAACCCUUUUUCUGUGAGGACUAGGAGCCUGUCCUCCAUGUUUUAUAAGUAUUGACAUUACACAGUGUUAACAAUGCAUCCACAGAGCUUGGCUGAAGAGGAAAUAAAAACAGAACAGGAGGUGGUAGAGGGCAUGGAUAUCUCCACUCGAUCCAAAGAUCCUGCCUCCACAGAGAGAACGGCCCAGAAACGAAAGUUCCCCAGCCCUCCGCAUUCCUCCAAUGGUCACUCGCCCCAGGACUCAUCCACAAGCCCUAUUAAAAAGAAAAAGAAGCCGGGCUUACUGAACAGUAACAAUAAAGAGCAGUCAGAACUAAGACAUGGUCCGUUUUACUAUAUGAAGCAGCCACUCACCACAGACCCUGUUGAUGUUGUACCGCAGGAUGGACGGAAUGAUUUCUACUGCUGGGUUUGUCACCGGGAAGGACAAGUCCUUUGCUGUGAGCUCUGUCCCCGGGUUUAUCACGCUAAGUGUCUGAGACUGACAUCGGAACCAGAGGGGGACUGGUUUUGUCCUGAAUGUGAGAAGAUUACAGUAGCCGAGUGCAUCGAGACGCAGAGCAAAGCCAUGACAAUGCUGACCAUUGAACAGCUGUCCUACCUGCUCAAGUUUGCCAUUCAGAAAAUGAAACAGCCAGGGACAGAUGCGUUUCAGAAGCCCGUUCCAUUGGAGCAGCAUCCUGACUAUGCAGAAUAUAUUUUCCAUCCCAUGGACCUCUGCACGUUGGAAAAGAACGCCAAAAAGAAGAUGUAUGGCUGUACAGAAGCCUUCCUGGCUGAUGCCAAGUGGAUUCUGCAUAACUGUAUCAUUUAUAAUGGGGGAAAUCACAAAUUGACGCAAAUAGCCAAAGUAGUCAUCAAAAUCUGUGAGCAUGAGAUGAACGAAAUUGAAGUAUGUCCAGAAUGUUACCUUGCUGCUUGCCAAAAACGAGAAAACUGGUUUUGUGAGCCUUGUAGCAAUCCACAUCCUUUGGUCUGGGCAAAAUUGAAAGGAUUUCCAUUCUGGCCUGCGAAAGCUCUGCGGGAUAAAGACGGACAGGUUGAUGCUCGUUUCUUUGGACAACAUGACAGGGCCUGGGUUCCAAUCAAUAAUUGCUACCUCAUGUCUAAAGAAAUUCCUUUUUCUGUGAAAAAGACUAAAAGCAUCUUCAACAGCGCCAUGCAGGAGAUGGAGGUCUAUGUGGAGAACAUCCGGAGAAAGUUUGGGGUUUUUAAUUACUCUCCGUUCAGGACGCCCUACACACCCAAUAGCCAGUACCAAAUGCUCCUCGAUCCCAGCAACCCCAGCGCCGGCACUGCCAAGACAGACAAGCAGGAGAAGGUGAAACUCAACUUCGACAUGACAGCAUCCCCCAAGAUCCUGCUGAGCAAGCCCCUGCUGAGUGGGGGCACUGGCCGCAGGAUCUCCUUGUCUGACAUGCCACGUUCCCCCACGAGUACAAACUCUUCUGUGCACACGGGCUCCGACGUGGAGCAGGACCCUGAAAAGAAGGCCCUAUCCAGCCACUUCAGUGCGAGCGAGGAGUCCAUGGACUUUCUCGAUAAGAGCACAGCUUCCCCAGCCUCCACAAAGACUGGACAAGCAGGAAGUCUGUCCGGCAGCCCGAAACCUUUCUCCCCCCAAGCGCCAGUGCCCAUCAUGACAAAAGCGGACAAGACCUCCACCACCUCCACCACCGGGAGCAUCCUGAACCUGAACCUGGAUCGAAGCAAAGCCGAGAUGGACUUGAAGGAGCUGAGCGAGUCGGUCCAGCAGCAGUCGGCCCCCGUCCCUCUCAUCUCUCCCAAGCGGCAGAUUCGCAGCCGGUUCCAGCUCAAUCUGGACAAGACCAUAGAGAGUUGCAAAGCACAGCUAGGCAUAAAUGAGAUCUCUGAAGAUGUCUACACAGCCGUUGAGCACAGUGAUUCGGAGGACUCUGAGAAGUCAGAGAGUAGCGACAGCGAGUACGCCAGCGAUGAUGGACCGAAAUCCAAGAAUGAACCGGAGGACCCCGAAGACAAGGAGGCCCCUGCCGCCAAAAAAAAACCCAAGCCUGCCAACCCAGUAGAGGUCAAGGAGGAGCUGAAAAGCAACUCUCCAGCCAGCGAGAAGGCAGACAUGGUGCCAGCUAAGGACAAGGCCAGCCCGGAGCCUGAGAAGGACUUCACAGAGAAGGCAAAACCAUCACCUCACCCCACAAAGGAUAAACUGAAGGGGAAGGAUGAGACAGAUUCCCCAACAGUGCAUUUGGGCUUGGACUCCGACUCCGAGAGCGAACUUGUUAUAGACUUAGGAGAAGACCCUUCUGGGCGGGAGGGUCGCAAAACUAAGAAGGAGCCUAAGGAGACGUUGCCUAAGCAGGAUGCUCUAGGUAAAGCUCCACUGUCCAGCACGGCGGGCAGCCAGUCUCCCCCCGAGACGCCAGUGCUCACCCGCUCCGCUGCCCAAGCGCCUGCCCCCGGGGUCGCCGGAGCCGCCACCACCAGCACGAUGCCCGCCGUCACGGUCACAGCACCGGCCGCCACGGUCACAGGAAGCCCAGCGAAAAAGCAGAGGCCGCUCUUACCGAAGGAGACUGCCCCGGCCGUGCAGCGGGUCGUGUGGAACUCAUCAAGUAAGUUUCAAACGUCCUCCCAAAAGUGGCACAUGCAGAAGAUGCAGCGCCAGCAGCAGCAGCAGCAACAGCAGCAGCAGCACCACCAGCAGCAGCCUCAGUCUUCCCAGGGGACGAGAUAUCAGACCAGACAGGCUGUGAAAGCCGUCCAGCAGAAGGAGAUCACCCAGAGCCCAUCCACGUCUACCAUCACGCUGGUGACCAGCACACAGCCAGCAUCCCUAGUUAGCAGCUCAGGCUCUGCAAGCACCCUGGCGUCCGCCAUCAACGCUGACCUACCCAUCGCCACCGCUUCAGCUGAUGUGGCUGCCGACAUUGCCAAGUAUACCAGCAAAAUGAUGGAUGCCAUAAAAGGAACGAUGACGGAAAUCUACAAUGAUCUUUCCAAAAACACUACCGGAAGCACCAUCGCUGAGAUUCGUAGGCUGAGGAUCGAGAUUGAGAAGCUGCAGUGGCUGCAUCAGCAGGAGCUGUCAGAGAUGAAGCACAAUCUGGAGCUGACCAUGGCAGAGAUGCGGCAGAGUCUGGAACAGGAGCGUGACCGGCUCAUCGCGGAGGUGAAGAAACAGCUGGAGUUGGAGAAGCAACAGGCAGUGGACGAGACCAAGAAGAAGCAGUGGUGUGCCAACUGCAAGAAAGAAGCCAUUUUCUACUGCUGCUGGAAUACCAGCUACUGCGACUACCCCUGUCAGCAGGCCCACUGGCCCGAGCACAUGAAGUCCUGCACCCAGUCAGCCACCGCCCCUCAGCAGGAAGCAGAUGCUGAGGCAAACACAGAAACAGGCACCAAGUCAUCCCAGGGCAAUUCUUCCAGCACUCAGUCAGCGUCCUCAGAAACAGCCAGCGCCUCCAAAGAGAAGGAGACGCCAGCAGAGAAGAGCAAGGACAGUGGCUCGACCCUCGACCUUUCUGACUCCAGGGAGACACCGUCCUCCAUUCUCUUAGGUUCCAGCCAAGGCUCUGUUAGCAAAAGGUGUGACAAGCAACCUGCCUAUGCCCAAACCACCACAGACCACCAGCCGCACCCCAACUACCCAGCCCAGAAGUACCAUUCCCGGAGCAGCAAGGCAAGUUCAUGGAGCAGCAGCGAUGAAAAGCGGGGGUCGGCCCGCUCGGAGCACAGCACUGGGACCAGCACCAAGAGUCUCAUGCCCAAAGAGGCGCGGGAGGCGCGGCUGGACACCUUCUGGGACUAGGGACAAAUUGUGAGCCAGACCCACUCUCCCCCCUGGGGGAAAACCCAGACAUCAGGACAGUAGAAACUGGAAAGCAGCCACUUUUAGACUUGAGAAUUCCCAACACUCAGGCUCUGCCCAUGUGCUUGGCUUCAAGGCAGCGACGCAGAACCCAGCAGCAGCCUCGGCUGGGACUGUUCAUCCUUGAGCCAAACACUUUAGUUGUGAGUAGGGAUACCUUGGUAUGUCACUGACCUAGCCUACCUUUUUCAUGUCUAUACUGACUUUAACUUUAUAUAUAUAUAUAAAAGAAAAGUAAAAGAAGUUAAAAAAAAUACCCUACUACAAAAAGAAUGUUUUCACGCCCAGUGAGGCAGCCACUCAACCCUCUGGCCUCACAGUGGUAUCAGGGCUGGACCCAAGGGUCGCUGGCCCCACACAGGGCCCUGUCUUUGGAUACCCGAGGGAGGGAGCCACUGUCACUCUGCAGCACACUGCGAUCAGGGCUCAGACUGUGCUGUUGAGGGCCCCGUUGCACCAAGCCAUCAGCCCCUUGUAGAGGCUACAAUAUCAUGUAUGAAACAGGAGCUCACUGGGCUGGAAGGACAUGGAGAGAAGUGUGUUUGUUUUGUGUGAUUGAAACGAUGGCUCCUGAAAGGGAAAAGCAGCCUCCUGUUUACAGAGGAUCCACACCAACAAGCCCCGCUCUAGUGAGGAGGCAGACCUCGUUCAUGUUGGGAGAACCCUUCCCCUUAGCUUUGUGCUUUCCUUAAACUCAAACACAGACUUGUGAAAAGAUGCCACGCUUCUUGAAAGCGAGGACUCAAAAGGCCAGACGCACGCCAAGGACAUGUGAGCCCGGGGAUGGAGCAUGUAUGUAUUAUUUAUAUACAAUGGAGCGCUACGUUUUUAUGUAAGCAUGAAAACAGGCAGUAUGAGAGAGCGCCAGGACCCAUCAUGCUGUCUGUUACACUACGUCUGCUGUGCUACCAUUUUGUAUGUUGUGUAAAACAAAAGCAUCAAUCGAAGCAAAAGGUGAUGUAUGUAUAUGAGAAAAAUUAAUUGUAUAUCAUUCCAGUACAUUGAGUUGUACAUUUUAGUCGUUGUUUACUUUCUCUUCAUUGUCGAUAAGAGAAUGCAAACUGCAUUUUCCAGCUAGUUCCCCCAUUAGAGAAGAAAGAGGAAGAGAUACUAGAAGAAAACAGGAGAGAAAGCAUUUGUGAAUUGCAAUUGUCAAAUAACAAAACAAAAACGAACAAACAAAAAAAAAAAACCUCUAGCCUAGCUGGCCUUAUUUGGGAAGCAUAAUUGCUUUUAGCAUAUGGAAGUAUUUUUUCACAUUUUCUUUGUAUAAAAUUUGUAUUAAACUUAAAUAUCUUUUUUGA